UGUCUCCAUUAUAAAAAUGUGUCGAAUAAAAUGAAUGAAAUAUAUACAUCAUGUAUCAAUACUUUUGUAAUCGGAACAUACUAAUCUGAUCACAUCACUACACACUAUGCAGUUGUUUAAAACCAAAGUGUACCACUGGCUGUUUUGUGAAGUGUACACAGCAUCACAAACAGGUGGUUUGUGCACAGCAUCAAUAGCAUACCCUAUGCUGUGGUGUGUACUUUUUGUUCAAAAACACAUAUUACAAAAAUGUAGUUGUUAUCUGUGUUGUAAAUGUUUGUUUAUGGGUGUAGGGAGUGGUGGUGUGAGUAACUGUAAGAUACAUAUAUGAUAAUAAAUAAGGUGAAAUGAUUUCUUACUGAAGACCAGAUAAAAAUGUCUCUGAAGUGUACAAUAUCAAAACUUUCUCCCGAGGACUACAAGCAAUGUGAAGAUUUUACUGUGAUAUAUGGAACUGUAAAUACAAAAUUCGGAAAAUGCUUGAUGGGAAUGCAUGAAGAUCAAAUAUGUUUUCUAUCUUUCAUUGAUGAUUCUGGUAGUAUGAACAGCAAUGGACUUUGUACUAGUGAACUACUCAAGUUAUUUCCAAAAGCAUCAUUGUAUGAGAACAAUGGAAAAAUCCUUGGAAAAGCCCAAGAAAUAUUUGAUCAAAAUGCCCAAGGAGAAGUAAAAGUUCUUCUUAAAGGUUCAGCUUUUCAAAUUAGAAUUUGGGAACAAUUGGUCAAAUUGAAAAGAGGAUCGACAACAACUUAUGAAGACAUUGCAAAAGCUAUUGGUCAUCCCAAGGCAGUAAGAUGUGUGGCAUCUGCUAUUGCAAAAAAUAAUAUUUCAUAUUUAGUUCCUUGUCACAGAGUCAUCAGCAAAAAUGGGACACUGAAUAAAUAUAAAUGGGGUACUGAAAGGAAGUUGAACAUGUUACGAGCAGAAAAAAUGGUGGCAAAACAAGAGUUGAUUAACCGCUUCUUUAAAACGGGCCAAGAAAAACAGAAAAAUAAAUGAUUUAUUUAUUUAUUUAUUUGUUUAUUUAUUCAUUCAUUUGUUUGAAUAUUUACUAGCAAACCAUUCUGAAAUGAUAAUCACCAGUCCAAUUAUUGAAAUAGGUCUGAAUACUUUUUUCAUAAAAUUGAUUUCACAAUCGAGGUUCAUUGACAACAAUAAUUUGUCUUUAGAAUACCAGUUUGAGUUAUUCAUAAAAUUAUUAUAAGAA